AGGGCGCCUGAUGCUGCCGUUGCCAUGGUGACAAGCGCCUAGGCGAUUGGUCCAGCACGGCCGCACUACGUUGCUCCCGGUGCAUCCUGCAUCCGUCCCUCCUCCGGAUGCUGCGAGAGCAAAGCGGGCUCAGACACCCUCCCACCCAGCCUGUCCCCUCCUCCUCCCCCGCCCCGACACCCCUGAUUUGCAGGCGGGGAUCACAGGUAGCAGCAAGUCGCCCAACCAGGCGACCAUGGUGACUCUCCGGCUCCUAGGUUUAGAAUUGGGGUGAGCCCUGCGUGACCCCAGACACCCUCAGAGCCCACCACCUGCUCCCACCCAGCCUCCCUCGAGGAGUUUUUGCCACCCUCAGGAAUGUGACUGGCUCCCCGAUUGCGUUUCCUCUCCUUCCACUUGUCUCUGGAGCAUCCUCCGUGUCCCCGAGCCUUGCCACAGAGGGAGAGAGCGCAGCUCCGCAGGAUGGCUUGCCGAAGACGUUAUUUCGUCGAGGGCGAGGCCCCCAGCAGUGAAACUGGCACAUCUCUGGACAGCCCCUCGGCCUACCACCAAGGUCCGCUUACAUCCAGCUCCAGUCUGAGCCCCGACCACUACGAUCACCCGGCAGUGGGCGCCUAUGGGCUGUACGGGGGGCCACCGGGCCAGCAGCGUGCCAGGAGGCCCAAGCUGCAACACUCGACCUCCAUCCUACGCAAGCAGGCUGAGGAGGAAGCCAUCAAGCGCUCCCGCUCACUAUCUGAGAGCUAUGAGCUCUCCUCCGACCUGCAGGACAAGCAGGUGGAAAUGCUAGAACGGAAGUAUGGGGGACGCCUGGUGACCCGCCAUGCGGCCCGCACCAUCCAGACGGCCUUCCGCCAGUACCAGAUGAACAAGAACUUCGAGCGCCUGCGCAGCUCCAUGUCGGAGAACCGCAUGUCACGCCGCAUCGUGCUGUCCAACAUGAGAAUGCAGUUCUCCUUCGAGGGGCCCGAGAAGGUGCACAGCUCCUACUUCGAGGGCAAGCAACUCUCUGUGAGUGACGACGGCACCCCACUGGGGGCCCUGGUGCCGCCUGAAUGUGGGGACCUGGGCCAGCCCCCGGCCCUCCCGGCUCCUGCCCCAGCCGGCGGCGACUUUUCUGAUGCCAUCACUGAACUGGAGGACGCCUUCUCGCGGCAGGUGAAGUCGCUGGCUGAGUCCAUCGACGACGCCCUCAACUGCCGCAGCCUACAUGCCGAGGAGCCAGGGGUGGCCCCCGAUGCCUCCGAGCCCAAGCCGGCCCUGCACGGCAUGGACCCACGCCGGCUGGACGAGAUGACAGCCUCCUACAGUGAUGUCACCCUGUACAUCGAUGAGGAAGAGCUGUCACCGCCCUUGCCCCUAGCACAGGCCGCCCACCGGCCAGGGAGCGCUGAAGCUGACCUGCGCCUGCGGGCAGGGGGUGCCGUGCAGGACUACUGGGCGCUGGCCCGCAAGGACGACAAGGGGGACACGGACCUGAGCUGCCGGAGCACGCCGUCGCUGGAGCGGCAGGAGCAACGGCGUCGGCGAGCGGAGCACCUCCCGCUGCUCACGAUUGAGCCGCCCAGUGACAGCUCCGUGGACCUCAGUGACCGCUCGGACCGUGGCUCGCUCAAGAGGCCGAGCGCCUAUGAGCGUGGCCCCCAGGGCAGCCCCAAGCACGGUCCCCCACAGAAGGGCCUUCCCCGGGAGGAGCCCGAGUUGCGGCCCCGGCCCUCCCGGCCCCUGGACAGUCACCUGGCCAUCAAUGGCUCGGCCAACAGACAGAGCAAGUCCGAGUCGGACUACUCCGAUGGGGACAACGACAGCAUCAACAGUACCUCCAACUCCAAUGACACCAUCAACUGCAGCUCCGAGUCCUCCUCUCGCGACAGCCUGCGGGAGCAGACGCUCAGCAAACAGACCUACCACAAGGAGACCCGCAACAGUUGGGACUCGCCUGCCUUCAGCAAUGAUGUCAUCCGCAAGCGGCACUACCGCAUUGGCCUCAACCUCUUCAACAAGAAGCCUGAGAAGGGCAUCCAGUACCUCAUCGAGCGCGGCUUUGUGCCCGACACACCUGUGGGGGUGGCCCACUUCCUGCUGCAGCGCAAGGGCCUCAGCCGGCAGAUGAUCGGAGAGUUUUUGGGCAACCGGCAGAAGCAGUUCAACCGCGAUGUCCUUGAUUGCGUGGUGGACGAGAUGGACUUCUCCACCAUGGAACUGGACGAGGCGCUACGCAAGUUCCAAGCACACAUCCGGGUGCAGGGGGAGGCGCAGAAGGUGGAGCGGCUCAUCGAGGCCUUCAGCCAGCGCUACUGUAUCUGCAACCCCGGGGUGGUGCGGCAGUUCCGGAACCCCGACACCAUCUUCAUCCUGGCCUUCGCUAUCAUCCUACUCAACACGGACAUGUACAGCCCCAACGUCAAGCCGGAGCGCAAGAUGAAGCUGGAAGAUUUUGUCAAGAACCUUCGAGGAGUGGAUGAUGGCGAGGACAUUCCCCGUGAGAUGCUGGUCGGGAUCUACGAGCGGAUCCGCAAGAGGGAGCUGAAGACCAAUGAGGACCAUGUGUCGCAGGUGCAGAAGGUGGAAAAGCUCAUUGUGGGCAAGAAGCCGAUCGGAUCCCUGCACCACGGCCUGGGCUGUGUAUUAUCUCUUCCACACCGGCGACUGGUCUGUUACUGCCGGCUCUUCGAGGUCCCCGACCCCAACAAGCCCCAGAAGCUGGGGCUGCACCAGCGAGAGAUCUUCCUGUUCAAUGACCUUCUGGUGGUCACCAAGAUCUUCCAGAAAAAGAAGAACUCGGUAACAUACAGCUUCCGGCAGUCCUUCUCCCUGUACGGCAUGCAGGUCCUGCUCUUCGAGAACCAGUACUACCCCAAUGGCAUCCGGCUCACCUCGGCCAUCCCUGGAGCAGACAUCAAAGUGUUGAUCAACUUCAACGCCCCCAACCCACAGGACCGGAAAAAAUUCACCGAUGACCUACGAGAGUCCAUCGCCGAAGUGCAGGAGAUGGAGAAGCACAGGAUAGAAUCGGAGCUGGAGAAGCAGAAGGGUGUGGUGCGGCCCAGCACGGCGCAGUGCUCCAGCCUGAGGAAGGAGCCGGGCAGCAGCGCGCUGAGCCGGGCCUGCCUUGACGACAGCUACGCCAGCAGCGAGGGCCUCAAGCGUAGUGCCCUCAGCAGCUCCCUGCGGGACCUCUCAGAAGCGGGGAAGCGAGGGCGGCGCAGCAGUGCGGGAUCCCUAGAGAGCACUGUGGAAGGGUCCAUCAUUAGCAGUCCUCAUAUGCGCCGGAGAGCUACAUCAACCCGAGAAUGUCCAUCUCGCCCACACCAGACUAUGCCCAACUCCUCCUCCCUCCUGGGUUCCUUUUUCGGGAGUAAGCGGGGGAAGCUCCCUUCCCAGGCCCACCCGGCCUCGGCUCCUUCUCAGCCGCCCCCUCACCUGGGGCCCACCGAGGGCCCACCCCCGGCACUGGUGCACGGGCACCAUGCCCAGUACUGCCACAUGCAGAACCCACCGCCCUACCAUCACCACCACCACUAUCACCCGCCCCAGCAUGUCCCACACGCACAUCAGUACCACCACGGCCCCCACGGUGGGCAUCCCCCUUACGGGGCCUAUGCGCACAGCCACCCACCCCACGCCGGCCACGGAGGCCACGCGGCGCAUCACCACGGACAGCCACCCGCCCCGCCGCCCCCCACCAGCAGCAAGGCCAGACCCAGUGGCAUCAGCACAAUCGUGUAGGCAGCCCGGGGCGGGGUCCCCGACUCCGCAGAACAACGGCACACCCAUACUACACGGGGCACCCGCCUGAGUCCAGACAUCCAGGGAACACUUAUUUUCAGCUCACUCUGUGCUCCCCCAGGUCCGGAUGGAGCCCCCCCCCCUUUGACCUCCAGCUCACUGGGCUUGGUCAAGGGAACAAGGUUCCCCCCAUGAGUCCAGGCCCCCCUCAG